GUUUACUAAAAAAGGAUAUGGCGUCACCAAACGUAAUCAGUGAAAAUUACCAAUUCGCCAAUAGUGAGAAUGAAGACAGCAAAUCGGUAGAACAUCAGAAAACUAACGAUUCAGACGAAAUUGUGAAGAAUCAAAAUACUAACGAAAACAUAAAAGAAGAUGAAAUAGAAAAUAAUUCAAAUUCAUCCUCGGAAGGAAAUUCAAUUCAAAAAGAGCCAUCAAUUGUUAUAGAAGUUAGGGUUCCUCAAAAUUCAAACGCUGAGUCAGAAAAUAACAAAGAAACGUCAGUGGCUAAAAUAACUAAUGGAACCGAAACCGAGGCAGAAAAAUCUGAACAAUUACCCAAGACUGAAAAGUUAAUAGACGAAAGUGACAUUGACGAAUAUGAUCCAGAUUUAUAUAUAACAGACGAAGAGAGAAAGGCAUUCGAGUACAUGUUAGAUCAGCGGCGAGAGGAGAUCACGAAACAACGUGAAACUUUUAAAAACUGGGCUGAAUCGAUAACGAGGCGACGAAUGUUUGCUUUGAGUAGACUACGUAAAAUAAAACAAUGUCAUAAGGAAAGAAUGGUAUUUUAUGAACAAAUGGAAAGUUAUAUAAAAUCAGCUGAUGACGUAAUAAAUUCAAAUGAUAGUACAGAACACAGUAAACAGACUUCUUACGAUUUUGUAAAAGAAUCAAAUAAUCACACGUUAGAAGAUUUAGUAAGAGAAAAUACCGGAUUUGUUUUGAAAAGUGAAACAAAAGGGAACGAAUUAAAUAAAAAUAGACAAAGUGAAAAAUCCGACAACGAAAAUAUAGAAAACAAUUCUACAAGUGAUGAUAAUUUAGAAGACGUUAUUUUGAAAACAUGCAGCAACGCUGAUGACGAUUCGAAGCAUAAUAUAUCAAAUAACAAUGAGAAUACUCCAAACAUUGUUCCUGUGACAGUCUAG